AUAGCCUGCUCAACCCAAACGAAGCAUGCACCCCACCGUCCCACUGCCACCGCCUGAACCCCGAUUCCAUUUCCACGCUCGUCGGCGACGCCCGGCCACCGGCUUCUCCCAACCACCGUCUUGGCCUCCGUCUCCGAUCUGCCCUACCUCACAGAUCCAGCCAUCAGUUCACCUGCGCCGCUGAGCGGGAGCCGGAGCGUUCGGCCACCUCUCCUACCGCGACGCCAUGAUUAAUUUCGUCCUCCUGAUCAGCCGCCAGGGCAAGGUGAGGCUCACCAAGUGGUACUCGCCGUACACCCAGAAGGAGAGGACCAAGGUCAUUCGUGAGCUCAGUGGACUCAUUCUUUCGCGAGGGCCCAAACUCUGCAACUUUGUUGAGUGGAGAGGUUACAAGGUUGUAUACAGGAGGUACGCCAGCCUGUAUUUCUGCAUGUGCAUUGAUGCUGAUGACAAUGAGCUCGAAGUCCUUGAAAUUAUCCAUCAUUUCGUUGAGAUACUGGACCGCUAUUUUGGCAGCGUAUGUGAGCUGGAUUUGAUAUUCAAUUUCCAUAAGGCCUACUACGUACUGGAUGAGAUUCUCAUCGCUGGUGAGCUUCAAGAAUCUAGCAAGAAGAAUGUUGCUAGACUUAUUGCUGCACAGGAUUCGUUAGUAGAGGCUGCUAAAGAGGAAGCCAGCUCCAUAAGUAACAUCAUUGCUCAGGCCACAAAAUAAAAUUCUGCGCCACUCAUGCCUGCCCUCUGCUCUUUUGUGUUGUUAUACAAGUAAUUGUAAUGUACUAGACUGCUAGUUCAUUUGCUCUGUCCAUUUUUCUAAGAAAUACGGCUUUCAAGACCCCAGACCAUUUGAGCGUGAUGUGUAACUACUACAUUGUAUGUGUUCCUGUGCAACUAAAUUUGGGAUGUUCCGGAUGCUCAGUCAUAGAUGUAAAUUCAUGAUGUUAUAAGUGCAUUAUUUUGUUUUGAUCUCA